CUCUCUCUCUCUCUCUCUCUCUUUCUCACUCACACACACACACACUCACACACACAAAGACGAGGAGGACCUACAGGGCUCAGACUCCCAGCUUAGUUAGCAUACAGAGCUGAGGAGCGGCUGUCUACAUCCCACUGUUGUCCCAGUGAUGAAGGCUUGGAAUUCUGUCAACACAACAGGAAGAAGAAACAGGAUUUGUGUGUGUGAGAGUGUGUGUGUGUGUGUGUGUGUGGACUACAGCAUGUGAGCGCGCUUCAUGAGAAAUAGUUUCUCGGCCUAAAUAUUUACACAUGGUUUCCUCCUGAAGAAACCUCCAAACUUCCUGCGACAACAUGAGGCUGUGAAGGUCCAGCCUCCUCCUCCUCCUCCUCCUCCUCAACACGGUCCAACCACAGCACCUCCUUCUCCUGACUCCUCGGCCCUUCAGACGCCGCCAACAUGCUGCAGCAGAUCCUGAAGGACAUGUACAUCGACCCCGACGUGCUGGACGCCCUCAACGACGACCAGAAGAAGACGCUGUUCCUGAAAAUGCGCCAGGAGCAGGUGAGGCGCUGGAAGGAGCGGGAGGAGAAGCUGGAGCGAGAGGGCGGGGACGCCGAGUUCAAGAGAGCAAAGCCAAAAAAAGCCAACGAUAAGAGUGUGAGCUGGCUGCUGGGCCGAGAUGGAGACGUUGCCGUGAUUGUCAUCGGGGAGGUGGACGAGCUGACCUCCAAGUUCAUCUCCUCGGGAUUUGGGGAGAAGAAGACGCAGAAUCUUCAGUCCAACACAUGCCUCCAAACCAUCUUGAAAAGCACAGAAACUGUCAGAUGUGAGAGAGAAAACCUCACCCUUAAAAGUCAACCUGGAAUUUCACUCAAUUUAAAGGGGAAACGGGAGGAGACGAGCACUUUACACCCCCUGCCGGUGUCAGUGACUGAGCAUUCAUCAACCUCGGCUGCAGAGAAGCCGGAGGAGACGUCGGCGUCCUCCAGGGCUCUGACCAGAGCGUGUCCGGUCACCGUGAGACCGGCCUGUGCACCCGCCGCACCGGGCUCCGUCGGCAGCAGAGUGACCUUCACCCAGCUGAAGGUCACGGCCUCGGCCUGCUCAUCCUCCAGCGCCGCCGUCAGACCAGACGCCGGGAAAACAACGGCACCGAAAACCAGCGGCUCAAAGGAACCUCAGAAGUCCCAGGAAUCCCAGGACAGGAACGACGCUGCUGCUUCAGAUUCCUCCCCCGUGACUCCCCCGCAGGAGCCCGGGUCAGCAGGGGGCGCUCCAACCUGCGCGGGGCGUGGCCGCGUGGCGCAGCUGAUGAAGAACUUCACGCCGUGUCGUCUGAAGACAAAGCGGACAAGUGCGAUGCCCGCUGCUGGGUGGAGAGACCUGGGGGGCGUGGACCCGGCGUGGAGCAGCAGAAAUGCUGGAAUGUGUUGA